AUGGCUAGUACCGUCAUCAAUCCCGCUGCCACAUUUAUGGAGGAUGAAUUCUUCGAUGCCAUUGUGGACUGGCUUCGUUCGCACGAACGGACAACAGACAUUUACAAGCGCAAGGGUCACGGUUUCAAAGCGGCCCUGUUGCUCCUCUUCUCUGUAGUGAUGUCCUAG